UGGAGCAGACUUGCUGAUCCAAAAAUAAACCACGCACCAUGUUGUCUGUGCUCACUCUGAAAACCUCUGAACAGGUCCUCAGUGUCCGGUGCGUUGACUCGAGCUACAGUCACAAUGGCAGACGCUCUGGGUAAAGUCCCCGAGGUGGAGAUCGAUCCAGAAGGGACCUUUAAGUACAUACUGGUCAGAGUGAAGGUGAAAGGUGGCGAUGUGCACAAAGACAUAGUCCGAGGCACAAAAAGUGCAGAGUAUCACAAUCACAUAUUUGAGAAGGUCAACCCAGCUAUGGAGGCCCUGGGGUUGGAGUGCAAAUGCCUCGGAGGAGGGAAGAUAGAGCACAACAGCCAAGAGAAGAAACUCAGGGUGUUUGGAGAAUCUACUGCAUUUGGCAAAGCCGACCAUUCUGUGUCUGCAGAGAAGUUGAAGAGUACCUUCAGCAACUAUGAGAUCACCUGGUCUGAUGACAAAAAAUAGUAUAAUGUCUGCCUUUAUUUUUCAGUUGCAAAAUUAAAAAGCACACAGUAAUGUUUUGAGCCCUCUGUCCAAACAUCAUUUGAUUCAGCUACACUGUAAUUGUUUGCUUCGGAAAGCUACUGAAUCAUGACUGGAUUUCUUCAAAGGAAACUCAAUAUUUUGUAUUUAAAUUCCCCUGAAACAUGACUUUGGAAAAAAAAAACUCCCUUGACAACACAAUGAUUGAUUUUAGUUUGUGUUUCGUUGGCCCUAAUCAAAAUUGCAAGCUUUGAGUCAGGCGUAAAGUCCACACAGGAAGGGGUGAAUGGGAUAGACUAAAUAGCAUCCUGUUAUAGGGAAAGUUUCUGUUUUCAGAAAAUAGGACACAGAUAAGAAACACUUUCACUUGCCACCAUGGUUUUGUGCUUUCAUUAGUAAGUAAUGAUAAACUUCGAGACAAUAUAACAAUAAUAAAUAAAAGC